AUGGCGAUCACGGCCCAGAACGACACUCCUGCUCCGGUGCUCGACAUUGCCGGACAGCCUCUCCGACCAGGUGUGGAAUACUACAUCAACCCUGCCAUCACCGACAUGGGCGGGGCUUUAACUUUGGUCCAAUGGAACGGCUCCUCCUGCCCGAAAUACGUCGGUCAGGAAAGGGUUUCGUUGAACAGACUCCCUGUAAAGUUCUCGCUGUUCGAUGACAGCCAGAACGUUGUGAGGUUAGGGAAGAACUUCAAGGCGACCUUCUCCGCGGCGACGACUUGUGGAGUUUCGACCAUGUGGAAUGUCGGAGAGAGAGACGCAGCGACACAGAAGAGAUUGAUCGAGGCAGGAGAUGAUGGCAGCUACUUUCUGAUUGGCAGAGAUAAUAGACUUGGAGGAAACAGUAACAUUUACAAUCUUAGAUAUUGUCCCGUUGAGGUCUGCCCUCUCUGUAGGUUUGAAUGUGGGACUUUUGAAGCUUUGCUGAUUGAGAAUGGAGUGAAAUUGAUGAGCUUGGGAGUUGAUGGUACUCCUCUUGCUGUUGAGUUUGAGAGGGUUAAUUAA